AUGUCUCACCCAAAUUCAGAUAGUUUGAGCACUUCCAAAAUUGAGUCGAAUGAUUACAACAAUCAUUCAGAGAGUUUAAAUCUUAAUAAAACACAAACCUCUUUAUCAAACAAUGAACUAAACACUACCACAAAAUCAAUUGGUAUUAGAAGAGUUGAAUUAUUGAACAAUCAAUAUCAGCAUCCAAUUUUAAAAAUCAUUUUUUUCAUCAGUAUAUUCUUUUGUGCUUACUCAUAUGGUUUAGAAAGUACUAUUAGAGGUAAUUUACAAUACUAUGCCACUUCAUCAUAUAAUCAACAUUCUUUAUUUACAACUGUGGGGGUAAUGCAAUCAGUUAUUAGUUGUGCUGCUCAACCUUUUUAUGCAAGAUUAUCUGAUAAAUUCGGUAGAUUAGAAUUAUUUUUAUUUGCUAUUGUGUUUUAUGCAACAGGUUUAGUUAUUCAAUCCCAGGCUUUUGAUAUUAAUAGAUUUGCUGGUGGUGCAGUUAUAAAUCAAAUUGGAUAUACUGGAGUUAUUAUAAUGUUACAAAUUGUAUUAGCAGAUUUUUCAAAUUUAAAUUGGAGAUUAGUUGCUUCUUUUGUACCUGCUUUACCUUUUAUUAUUAAUACUUGGGUAAGUGGGGAUGUUCAAAGCUCAGUUAAUGCUAAUUAUUCUUGGAAUUGGGGGAUCGGUAUGUGGGCCUUUAUUUUUCCUUUGAGUUGUUUGCCAAUUAUUUUAUGUUUUAUUCAUAUGAUAGUUAAAGCUAGAAAAACUGAAGAGUGGAAACAAUUGAAUAUUGAACAAAAAGAUCAAACUCUUUAUUCCAAAAAGAGUUUCAAAUAUUGGAAAACUCUUGUUUUAGAAUUAUUUUGGGAUUUAGAUGUGAUUGGAUUAUUAUGUGUUAUUAUCGUUUUGGGUUUUAUUUUAGUUCCAUUCACACUUGCAGGUGGUGUAACUUCAAAAUGGGCUAAAGCUUCAACUAUUGUUCCUUUAGUUAUUGGUGUUGUUUUUAUUCCAGUAUUCAUUUUAUGGGAAGCUAAAUUUGCAAGAUCUCCAAUAAUGCCAUUUGCUUUGAUGAAAGAUAGAGGUGUUUGGGCGGCUUUACUCAUAGCUAUUUUCAUUAAUUGGAUUUGGUAUAUGCCAAAUGAUUUCAUGUACACUGUAUUAAUUGUUGGUAUGAAUGCAAGUGUCAAGGCUGCUACUAGAAUCACUUCAUUAUAUUCAUUUGUUUCAGUUAUUGUUGGUCCAUUAUUAGGUUUAUUGGUAGUUCGAGUUAGAAAAUUGAAAGGUUUUAUUAUCUUUGGUUGUGCUACUUGGGCUAUUUCAUUAGGUAUUUUGUUUCAUUUCAGAGGUGCUAAUGAUGGUGUAGAAAGUCAAAAAUAUCUUAAUGGUGUUAUUGGUGGUUUAUGUUUAAUGGGUUUUGGUGCAGGAUUUUUCACUUAUUCAACACAAGUAAGUAUUACUACAGUCACAAAUCAUGAGUAUAUGAGUAUUAUGAUUUCAGUUUAUUUAGCAAGUUAUUGGAUUGGUUCAUGUUUAGGCUCAUCAAUUAGUGGUGCUAUUUGGACAAAUAAAAUGCAUGGUGUAAUAUUAAAUAAAAUGGAAGAAAUGAAUAUUUCAAAUGCUACUGCCUUAGCCACUUAUGCAUAUGGUUCACCUUUUGAGUUUAUUGUUGAAAAUCAAUGGGGUACACCUGCAAGACAAGCAGUUGUUUUAUCAUAUGCUGAAGUUCAAAAAUAUCUUUGUAUUGCUGGAUUGGUUUUAUGUUUUCCAUUAAUUGUAUUUUCCUUUUUAUUGAGAGAUCAUAGAUUAGAUUCUGUUCAAUCUUUAGAACAAGAUAAUGAUCAUGAAAAGGGUAUUCAUAAAAAUGGAACUAUAAUCGUAAAUAAUUAUGAUGAAGACAUCAUUGUUCAAAAAGUGAAAAAAUUGUUUCAUAUGAAUAGUAAACAAUAA